GGUUCCUUUCUUAAAAUAGCGUAGUACAUUGAUGAUCCCCCUUCACCAUUUGCGAAGGCGCUCUCCUCCUCUCUCUCCUCUCCGAUCCGAUCCGAUCCGAGUAGGCCGUGUUAGCUGUAUAAAAUGGGUCGUGGGGUGAGCAGCGGAGGAGGUCGAAGUUCAUUGGACUACCUUUUCGGGAGUGGUGAAGCUCCCAAACAACCUGCUCCUGAGAAUACUCCGCCGGUUGAGAAACCGGCUCCUCCGCCACCAGCUGAUCCCAGCAAGCAGAUCCCAGCUGGCGUCCAAGGUAGCCAGGCGAACAACUACUUCCGUGCAGAUGGCCAGAAUACUGGCAAUUUCAUCACGGACCGACCUUCGACAAAGGUGCAUGCUGCUCCUGGCGGUGGCUCCUCCCUUGGCUACCUCUUCGGCGGCAAUUGAUGUAAAUCUUGCUGCUUGACGCAGGAGAAACAUUGUACCGGCAAUGGUGAUUGCCGUUCUCUUAUGUUCCAGAUGAACAAAUGGAUUUUAUUUUCCUAUCAGUAGAAGUGUUUUUUCCAUUGUAUGUUAUGUGACUUCAUUUGGGCAUCAUUCUGUUUGCGCGUUUAUGUGACAGAAACAUCUUAAUUUGUAAGUUGGUUAUGUCGUCUUGGCACUUUUGUCCUGUGUUGAUUUGGGUGUGACAAAUGUCUAUCAUUCUAUGGGGAAGUGCUUCUACUUGGAGAUUAUCUGAUUCAUUGCUUC